AUGCACUCCACAGUCUAUACUGGACUGCUCUGUACUUUGGCCGCGCCUGCCAUGGGCGUGGUCUGGGAAAGCCUGGCCGGAGGUGUCCCCAGUACUUGGUCGCUCGUCAGCACGCCCACCGACUCGACUAUGUCGCUGGCUAUUUCGUUGUCCCGUGAGAAUGUCGACCAACUGGAAUCCACCCUGACCAAGGUCUCAACUCCCGGCAACGCAGAGUAUGGUCAAUGGUUGGAGAAGGAUGAUGUGGACUCCAAGUUCCCCGUUGUCUCUGAUGCUCCCGUUGUGACCUGGCUGAAGAGCGCCGGUAUCACCAACUACACUCGCGAUGGUGCUUUGCUCAAGUUCAGUGGCAGCGUUGAGAAGGUCAACAGCCUUUUGAACACCACUUUUGCCAACUAUGCAAGUGACGGAUCAGUGAAGCUUCGCACUAGCGAGUAUUCCAUUCCCAGUGACCUGAGCGACUAUAUCGAUGUCAUCUCGCCCACUGUUUACUUCGGCAAGACCCGCGCGGCCCUCCCCACCAACCCGAAGUCGCGCAGUUUGCGUUCUCGCACGACUCCUGCUGCCUCAUGCGACGAGUACAUUACUCCCAGCUGCAUUAAGGCCAUGUACAGUGUGGGUGACUACACUCCCGAGGCUUCGUCUGGCAGUGUUGUUGGUUUCGGCAGCUUCUUGAAUCAGUCUGCCAUCCAAUCCGAUCUGGCUAAGUUCCAGAAGCUUUUCGACAUCCCCGCCCAGAAGUUUACCGUUGAGACCCUCAACGGUGGUGUGGACAACCAGACUGCCCCCGAAGGUGAUAUCGGCGAGGCCAACCUGGAUGUGCAGUUGAUCAGUGGUGUUUCUCACCCUCUGCCCAUCCACGAGUUCAUUACCGGUGGUGUUGCUCCCUUCCUCACUGAUGCCGAUGAGCCUACCGAGUCAGAUGACGAGAACGAGCCCUACCUCGUCUACUACGAGUACUUGCUCUCUAAGACCAACGCUGAGCUCCCCCCUGUGAUCUCCAACUCUUACGGUGAUGACGAGCAGACCGUUCCCGAGAAGUAUGCGAAGUCUGUCUGCAACCUGAUUGGCUUGAACACUCUGCGUGGUCUCACUAUUAUCCACUCUUCUGGAGAUGAGGGUGUCGGCUCGGCCUGCCAGGCUGUUGAUGGAACUACUCCCCAGUUCAACCCCAUCUUCCCGGCUACCUGCCCCUAUGUCACUGCAGUUGGUGGUACCGCGGCUGUGAGCCCCGAGGUCGCAUGGAACGCCUCAUCUGGCGGUUUCUCCAACAUCUUCGACCGUGCUUGGUACCAGGAUUCUGCCGUCGCGACUUACCUCGCCGACCACGUCACCAAGGAGACCAAGGAGUACUACUCCAAGUACGCUGACUUUGAGGGCCGUGGCUUCCCCGACGUGUCCGCCCACAGCUUGUACCCCUACUACGAGGUUGUCUAUGCUGGUGAGUACUCACUCUCCGGUGGUACCUCUGCCGCCGCGCCUACUUUCGCCGGUAUCAUUGGUCUUCUGAACGACGCCCGUCUGCGUGCUGGAAAGCCCGUUCUGGGCUUCCUGAACCCCUUCUUGUACUCUCUGGGCUACAAGGGGCUUAACGAUAUUGUUGGCGGUGCCUCCUAUGGAUGCACUGGCUCUGACCCUCAGAGUGAGGAGGAAGUCGACGGUGCUCUUGUCAUCCCCGGUGCUCACUGGAAUGCCACUACUGGAUGGGACCCUGUCACUGGUCUGGGUACUCCCGACUUCGCCAAGUUGAAGGAGUUGGUCCUUUCUCUUUAA